AUGAAUGAAUUAAAGUUUACGCUAAGGCGAGUUUCUCGUCAGAUAACGAGAUUAUUUAUUGUUCCAGAUUCUAAAAGGCAGAAGUUGUUUCCUUAUGUCGUACCGUCUCAGAAUAUUCCUAAAAGAAGCUCUGAUAAAGAAGUACCAUUAGCCCAAAAAAUAAAAUCAAUUACUCGAGAAAACAGGGCUGAUAUUAGACACAGGAAAAUAGUGGAAUCAAAUAAAGAGCUUGGACUUGCUAUUGAGAAUGAAGAAACUAAAUUUGAAGAUGGAUUUGAGGACAAUAAUAUAACUGAUAACAACAGUCAUCGUCAUGUCAUGACUUCAUCGACACAAGUCAAUUUAGUGGAUUACAGAAAUUAUCGUCCCCGAGAAAAUUGGAGUAUAGCUGACAUUCUUUGUGACAAAGAACCUUUGGAAAAGUGCACUCAAAUAAAUUUUCUUCCUAUGUGGGAAGAGGAUAGAUCAGCUUUAAAGCAAUUAACCCUCUCAGAUUUACUCAGUAGUGAUAUGUAUUUAUUUACUUUUACGGGUAUUCAUUUAAUAGAACUUUUAGAAACAUUGGUGACUUGUGUUAGUGAAUUGGCCUUAGAUGCUCCAACAAAUAAGAAAAUGUUAUCUGUAAGAGACAGAGUUAUUUUGACAAUGGUAAAAAUUAAACAAAAUAUGUUAUUUAGAGCCAUUGGUGUUUUGUUUGGUAUAAACUGGCAGACAUGUUCUAAUUAUUUUAAUAAUAUGUGCCCCAUGCUGAGUAGAGUACUCAAAGUUGUUAUUCCUUGGCCUGAUAUCGAAAUGAUACCGAAGUUUAAUAUUGGAAUAACUCCUUCUGGCCUUAUAACUGAAAUAAGUGCAUCUUAUGGUGGUCGAGCAUCAGAUAAACAUAUUGUAAAUGAAUCAGGAAUCUUAAAUAAAUGCGAGUUUAAUGAUGGAGUGAUGGUGGAUAAAGGAUACAGGAUUGAAUCCGAAUGUAAUGAACGUCUGCUUCAGCUUGUUAGGUCUCCUUUCUUGAGUCAGAAAAAGCAGAUGACCAAAGAAGAUGCAAUCCGCACUGCAGAGAUUGCACGGGCAAGAGUGCAUGUUGAGAGAGUGAUACAGAGAUUACGACAAUAUAAACUUCUAUGUGGACCAUUACCAUGGUCACUGGCGCCUUAUUUUGUACGUAUAUUAAUUAUUGUUGGUGGUCUUACAAAUUUGGGUCCACCAAUUAUUCACAUUGAUAAAUUUAUGUAG